UGUACUGCGCCACAAAACUUCACACCUCGCAGAUGGAAGCUUGAAAAGAGACGAACGGUUCGUUUGCGGCGGAGAGUUACCUUUCUUGCUCUGGUGAACGUAACGUGGUGUAAAAAGUACCGUUCGACAGCAUUAUUUUUGGGAAUUUACAUUUACAUCACAAGUAUUCCUCUUUAGAAAGGAAAUGUACAAUAGUCCAUUAGACGCCCAAGCUGUCGGCGGAAGAAUUCCUUCGCUUCAAGGUUGUCCUCUCAGUGACCCAGCUUUUCUAGGAACUGGAACUAGUGUGUGGCUGUGAGAAGAGCAUCCAUCUUGGCGUAAAUCUCACCCUCCACCCCGAAAAAAACGCAACCAAACACGUGCAGAGUGUUUCGUAUGCGUAAAAAACCCUCUCCAUAACAUCUGCUCAAACCCCAAUUUUCCAGCAGAGUGCCUCGGAAGGGGCAAACACAUACCCGUGUGUAGUUGUGUCUGAUGUGCAACAGCAGUGUUGGUGUGGUGUGUGAAGGCAGUGUAAAACAGUGAAACAAUGCAACGUCCACAAGCGUUACGGUUCGGUCGUUUCCAUAUGGAAGCAGAAGCAGCAUCCGAUAGCAGCGAAAGCAUCUUCACCUUCAGUAGUAGAAGUGACAGCAGCAGCAGUAGUAAAAGGUGCAGUCUGCAACAUUCCUCAAUGUGGUGGUUGGUGGCAAUUUGGGCUGUUUUGGUGGCCAUUGGUGUGCCGCCCUCGGUCUGUGGGCUUCCGGAGGGUGGUGCUGAUGGGAGCUAUCCGAUAGGCAAGUUCCCGUUCCUGAUGCCGAAGGUCGUCCCGUACAAGCCCGAACUCUACCUGUGCACACCGGUAAAGGUGGACUACACGAAGAGCUACUACAUCGUGGGCUUCGAACCGAACGCCACGAUGGCCACCGCCCACCAUAUGCUGCUGUAUGGCUGUGGACAGCCCGGUUCCGAAUCGGCCGUAUGGAACUGCGGAGAAAUGGCGGGAGGUAGCGAGGAAAGUGGCAGUCCCUGUGGCAGUGGCGCACCGACGCAGAUUAUCUACGCGUGGGCCCGUGACGCACCGAAGCUGGAGCUACCGGAAGGAGUUGGAUUUAAGGUCGGCAAGGACUCGCCGAUUCAGUACAUCGUGCUGCAGGUCCACUACGCUCAUAUCGAUAAGUUCAAAGACGGAACCACUUACGACGACUCGGGCAUAUUCAUCCACUACACGACGAAACCAUUAUCGAAGCAGGCAGGUGUGAUAUUGCUCGGCACGGCCGGCUACAUCCCACCAAUGGCAACCGAACACAUGGAAACGCUCUGCGAUAUCCAGGAGGAAAAGGUUAUCUAUCCGUUCGCGUACCGUACGCACACGCACAGCUUGGGUCGAAUGGUUUCCGGAUAUCGGAUUCGUAAGGACGACGCCGGCACUGACCAGUGGACACUGCUUGGCAAGCGUGACCCACUGACACCACAGAUGUUCUAUCCCGUGGAAAGCCGCGAUCCAAUUCGUAAGAAUGACCGUCUCGCUGCCCGCUGCACCAUGGAAAGUAAUCGGACGCGUAUUACGAAAAUUGGUGCCACCAACGAGGACGAAAUGUGUAACUUCUAUCUGAUGUACUACGUGGAGAAUGAUGAACCACUACAGAUGAAGUAUUGUUUUAGCAAUGGACCGCCGCUAUUCCGCUGGAGUAACCGUGAAACGGAAUUAAAUCACAUUCCCGACUACGAUGCAAGCCAUCUGUAGAGUGGUGUGAGCGGCUAUCGUGGACAUCGAUAAAAACGACCGCUUACAUGCACUCAUACACAACAUGUCGAUUGGUGUUGGGAGUGGGAUCACAGGGUUUCUCGCUCGACUGGCCCAUUAAAUUGGUGCUGCUGUGGUUGCUGCUACUGCUGCUGAUCGUGAUGCUGUAAGUCAACGCUCACACUUUUCUGCCUCUCUAACCCUCUCCCACUAUCCCCAUUGUCUCUCUAUCCCUGUUUAAAAACACACAAACACAUAUUUUACAGUCUAAUCGAUUGGUACACUAUCCGAGGGAACUAUUUCUAGGACAACCACUUCAAAGUACGAAUUUUCAUAUCACACAAUUUUAAACGGACGAGCAACGGGUGGCGAAAAGACACGCAAAAGUAUCUAUUAUCCUAUAAAUUAUCGGAACCCUUCCAACCCCCAAUGGAGACGGUAAAUUCGUCUACAAUUCUAAUUAUUUCAUAUGGAUAGCAUUGGGUUCGGUGUAAAAGCAAAGGUUAGGCAUUUGCAGACAAGGAUGAGAAGCUUUCAUUCUAGUCAUAUGGGAGUUUUGUUUCAUACGUCCUUGUGCUUCACAUACUAUUUUAUAACGCCCUGUUGUGUAUUAGUUUUUUUAUUAACACAGUCUGGUAAGGUAGCAGGAGGUCAGAUGAAGAGACUUUAAUACGGAAUCGAUGGUACAAGAAUGGAAAAAAGUCGGAAGGUUAUUUAAUCGCAACCGAUCGUGACAGAUGGUAUAUUUUUCAAUCGUUCUAUACAAUAGAAAAUUGUUAAAUUUUAUGCACGAAUGCUAGUUCCUGGUGUCCUAAAUACGCGAUCGAAUUCAUUGGACAUCAGGGUGUGAAUGUUGUUGAUGGGAUAAAUGAUUUAAAAGUGAUGUGAUUUGGAAGAGAAAGGAUUGGUUGGUAGAAAAGAUGUGUAACCAGAAUUGAAUCUAUCCGGCGGAAAAUGCAAAGCAAAAGCCCUGGUCUGGAUCUAUAUACGUGUUAGUACAUUAAGAUGGACAGACAGACUUCUUAACUAUAGUCGUUCAUCCGAUUUCAGUUAAUUUCAUUGUGAUUUAUAGAAAACGUGCGUACAGUGCAUGCACCUCCGUAAAACAAGAUACUUUCAAGAAAGAUUUACAGUGGUAUACACAUAGUUUCAAUGCGCCAUAGCCCUUUAAAUCGGUUUAUACUUUGACAACAAUUUAAUGAAAGCUCCACUUUGUCAUUUAUGAAACCGACCUUCAAACAAGCAUUUAAUGUUAUCAUAGACGAAAGUUUGUAGACUUGAUUUUACGCUUUAAUUUAUCGCAAUGUAUCCCAUGCAGAUAACAAUGAAUGAUUAUAGGAUGUUGUUUAUUUUGUAGAUAUUUAAAUCAUGAUUAAACAAUGUGUAAAGACUAUAAGUGAAGUAGUGCUCCUUUGCGAGUAAAGCGGCACUAUAUGAAGCCGGCUCGAAAAAACAGCUACCCUCAAGUACGAUAAAUAUCUGCGGCCGGGAAAACAAAAUUGAAUCAGUACCGUGAAGCCGUACUGCUGCCAUCCUCAGGCACCAUGCGGGCAGGCAAAUCAUGAAACAUAAAGACUUUCCUAGAUGCAAAUUGUUGCUAUCACAAACAUGCAUACACACACAUACAUCCACAUGAACGACAGAGAGAGAGAGCGCAGAACUGCGACAAAUGGUACAAUCCUUGGUGUUUGAUUUGAGCAUAUUAUAUGAUAAUACAAAACAAACGAUAGAACCACCUAGAAACCGUAGAGCAAAGUUUUGUAUAGAUGAGUAAUCUAUAUAAAGACACGGCGGUGGAUGUGUGGAAUAGAACAUGAUAGUGAGAAAAAUAUAUACACUUGUGCACCAAUGCAAACAAACACUACACCACACAAUCACUCACAUAUAACGACGUAGACAGAAAGGGCAUAUUAUAUAUACACGAAACACUAAAGCAAGGUACCAUAAAACAUAUAUACAUAACUAAUAUAAAAUUAUACAUUCGUGUCAGAAGGAACUACCAUUUUAUUAACGUACGAAGCAGCCGUGUAGGAGAAGGAAGCACAGAGAAUAAGGGAAUUGUAACUAAUGCUUAGCAAAAAAACCUAUUCAACCGUACAAUUCCCGCCAAUCAAAAGACCCAUAUCCCCUGCAACACCGAUAGCUGUGAAUGUUGGAUUUUUUCAAUUUAAACUCGAUGUGUUAGCAACAUUAUGUUUCCCUGUAAAGUCUCCCUUCAUUUAGUUAUCUUAAUAAUCUGAUUUUAUUUUACACUCAGUUGACGGAAAUACACAGAUUUGUGAGAAAACGUAGGGCUGCAAUCGAUAAAUAUUAUCUUGGUGCGACAUUACGAGGAGUUAACGCAAAGCAGUAGUAACUCCACAUAGGAAAUGUCGCCUGUACAGUGCAGUAAUCUCUAACGUAUGUGAAUCUUUAAAACAUUGCACAAAAAACAGGAAGAGAUACAUAAUAUUCAUAUUCAUAGAAAUCAUACCAUUUGCACGGUGUUUGAAAGCAAU